AUGGCGAAAACUAAGGUGGCACCUUUAAAACCACUUUCGAUUCCGAGUAUGGAGCUGCAGGCAGCAGUUAUGGGAGCACGCUUAGCCCAAAAGGUGACGAGCACACGCAAUCUACGAAUUGACAACGCCACAUACUGGUCGGACUCCAAGACAGUGUUGCAGUGGCUAACUAUGGAGCCCCGCAUCUUUCAUCAGUUCGUGAUGCACAGAGUCGCCGAAAUUCUGGAAACAACACUGGUCGAGCAAUGCCGGUGGAUUCCUUCAAAGCUGAACGUAGCAGAUGAAGCUACCAAGGUCACCGGGCAAACCCAACAAGAGACGUGGAUAACGGGCCCGCAGUUCCUGAAGAACGAUGCGAGCAACUGGCCAAUAUCCAAGAAGCAGGAGAGCAUCAUCGAUACCUCGGAGAUCCGGAAGCAUGUGAUGACGACGCAUACGAAAUCAGUGGUUAUGUUCAACGCGAACGAUUUCUCAAAUUGGCGGCGGUUAUACAGAGCUGUGGCGCUAGUACUCCUGUUUACUGAUCGGCUGCAAGCGAAAUGUGCCGGACGAGACAUGCCAGCAACCACGACAAAGGCUCAUGUGAGCAAGGCAAAGAUGCUGCUAUACAAGCAAUCUCAAUCCAUCGCCUUCGCAGCAGAACUAAAAACGUUAUCCGCGGGAACGGCGCUCCCCAAGGGAAGCAGAUUAGCCGGAUUGAACGCAUACCUGGACAUCGAUAGAGUACUACGAACAAGAGGCAGAUUGAACGCAGUUGACAUAGCUGAGGACGCCAUCACACUAGCUCAUGGAUGCCGGAUAACCAACCUCAUAGUUAGGAGCUUCCACGAAAAGUAUCACCACCUCGCUCAUGAGACUAUAAUAAACGACAUUAAAAAUUCAUCUUAUAUCAGCCGGCUACGAGUACUGCACAAAUCUGUGCGAAACACAUGCCAACGAUGCAAGAUCGACAGAGCAGUUCCCAGACCACCACAGAUGACACCGAUCCCGAGGGCAAGAGUUGGAAGCUUCGAGAGGCCGUUCACCUAUACAGGCGUUGACUAUUUUGGCCCGUUAUUGGUGAACGUCGGCCGGCGCAAAGAGAAGAGAUGGGUAGCUCUGUUCACCUGUCUUACGUUGCGAGCGGUGCAUUUUGAGAUCGCCUACAGUCUAGAUACCAGUUCAUGUAUCAUGUGCCUAGCCAAUUUUAUGGCCCUUCGAGAGACACCGAAGGAAAUAUUCUCAGACAACGGUACAAAUUUCAGAGCCACGGAAAAAGCUGUGCGCGAGGAGCUGAAAACAAGUUACUUUACAAGUUACAAGUCAUUGAAAAGUUACUCUUUCAAUGACGAGGGGUUGAGAAACGCACUGAUGGAGACGCAAUUUAUCAUCAACUCGCGACCUCUCACGUUCGUAAGUUUGGAUUCCGAGGAUGACGCUGCCCUGACUCCAAACCACCUGCUGCUAGGAUCAGCGAACGGAUACAAGCCGUUGCCAAAAGAGGGAAUGAAUCUGAAGCGUAGAUGGAACGAGAAUCAGCGCUUCGGAGACCGCUUUUGGCAACGAUGGGUUAAGGAGUAUGCACCCGUGUUAACCAGGCGCACCAAAUGGUUUGAGAAGGUGCCUCCAAUCACCAUCGGGAGCAUCGUCGUAGUCGUGGAUGAGCUUCUUCCCAGGAACCUGUGGCUAAAAGGACGCGUGACUGACGCAAUAAUGGCCAACGAUGGACAAGUUCGGCGGGUGACCAUCAAGACGCAGCAUGGUGCUAUAGAAAGACCAGCAACAAAGGUGGCAGUUCUGGACGUCGGCUUGGAGAAUGGUAACUGA